CUUGAGGCGAUGUGACGUCACGAGCGGGCAUAGAGACGUUAGCUAGGAUGCAAACCAAAACACGCAGCUAUUAGCUGUUUCUUAUCUUUUAUGUAUUGUUUUUGGGUGACGAGUAUUGACGAUGUAUGUAAAGAAUGAGAUGAACUGACUACAGCCUGAAAUCCGCUAUGGAGACUUGUCGGUGGUGUACCGCGUCCCCCGAAAACGAUGUGGCUGUCAAAGAGGUCCUAAAGCGCUAUUGCACUGGUGAAAUGACGCAGAAAGAAAUGCAUGAUGCUAAUAGCGACUUCAUCUACUGUCUAGAGUGUGUGGUGAAGUACCACAGAGCAAGAGAAAUGGUCCCGGAACUGCACAAGCGUCUGUGGGAAUUGGAGACAACUCGGCUGCUUGAAGUUUUCCGGGAAAUGUUGGAGGCCGAUCUGGAGGAUGAUGACCUGUACUUCGUCGAAGAAGGUUAUAACCUGCCUGUCUCCAAUGUUACACCUGAGGAAUUUCACAACCGGCUGAGAUUCCCGCUUGUGGAAGUGCUGAAAUACCCUUAUCUUCUGUGUCACCAGGAGCUCUGUGAAAUGGUAGUGAAUGUGUUAUGCAAAAUGGAGGACAUGAGGAACCCUCUGCCAGUGCAUGACCAGUAUCAGGGAACCUACCUGCUCAUGGUGCACCCCAAUGAAACAGUGCGUCGCUGGGCAAUAGCUACUGCCAGAUCAUUGGGCAGGGUGGACAGAGAUAACUAUUAUGAUCUUCAGGAGGUAUUUGCCUGCAUGUUCUAUGUCAUUGAUUUAGGGAUCACUGUGGACUUUCUAAGCACGGAUGACUCUUACUGCUCUGGCAAGCUCAAGAUGCUACAGCCACAUCUCUUUGACUCCAAAAAUAAAAAGAGUUACUGGCUAGGUAUCUGUAUGUUGCUGAUGCAGCUGGACUCACAAGCCAUGGACUCGUUGUUAAUGGGGCCAGAAGGGCAGUCUAGCAUUCCCCAAUGUAUUGUCAAUACCAUGAAUGACUCUAAUAAAGAUGAUGACCUAGAUCCAUUCUGGCCUGCUUUUCACUGUUUCUUGGUCAUUCUAGAUCGACUGGGCUCAAAGAUCUGGGGUCAGAUAGAACCACUAGAUGCUUUUAAGGCUAUCACUAAAGCAGGCAGCUAUAUGGCUAAAAUUGAAAAUAUUCGAGAGCAAACUGCAAGGACAAGGGUGAAAGUAGAGCCUGAAAAUCAUGAUGAUCUGUUGUCCUGCAGUCAGAUUGUGUAUGACUGCUAUACUAUGGAGCGAGCAAGUCGAUCAUCGGACUGUUCAUCUGACAACAGUGACACAAGUGGCAAUGCAAUCUUUGAAGAAAUGAGCUGCCUAGUUAAUGUUUUACAGUCUGAAAUGGGCCAAGGCAUGCGUGUAUAUGGUAGCACCUUUCUUUGGUUUAUUCCAUUCGUUCGCGCUCUCAUGGAGUUGAAUGAGCUUAAUAGCAUAUGCGUUGGAGAGGUUAUCCAUUAUUUGGAGAACAAUGUUGACAAGAAUGUGCUCUCUGGAAGAACACAGACCUGUGACAAAGUGACAGAGUUCUUCAUCCGCAUCCUUGUUGAUCUAAUUAAACUGCACAUGAAUAACGGCUACAUGGAAAGACUGUCCUAUUUUACCCAUAUAUGGGUAGAUAUGGUGAUGCAGUGUGCUACACUUUCUGAUGACUUUUGUAAUACCAGGGGAGCCUAUUCAACUUCACACUUUGGUAGAGGCACUCUGAUGCCAGCAGUGGGUGUGGGUGCAAUGAGUCAAGACUGCAUGAAGUUAAUUCGCUCCAUGUUGAAAGAAGGGGGGCGGACAGGAUCGGAUCCGGAGUCUGCACAUUUUCUGGACCUAAUUAACCGACACCUGCGCUUUUUCUCUUCUAAAGGGUGGAAUCUAUCCAAAUCUGAAUAUGAUAAUCUUAAGAAAUGCUUACUCAGGCUUGUAAAAGUAAUAACGGAAAGACCCAAAGUUUCAAAUGAUGUUCUACCAUGUGCUCCACCAACACCGCCAUCAGAUCCCUCUGAAAAUGUCAUUUCCUACCCAAAUUCCACAGUGACUUUGCCUCUGCAGCAGGUACAAACCAAAGAUGCAGAGGUUGGUCCAUGUGGUCCGGUAGGUACAACCAAUUUUAUUAAGGAAGAGCCACUGUGGAAUCAUGAGGAAUGCCAAAGUUUCUGUGAUGGACAUGAGGAAAUAAUUAAGGUAAAAAAAGAACCUUGCAACCCAAUGCCAAUUUCAGAAUCCAGAUCUAUGGAGGGGAGUCGUAUUGUAGCACCAGAGAAAUUACAAGAAAUUAAAUCUAGGUUGGCAGAUAAGAAUUUUUCCAUGAAACAAACCAUUGUAAAGGGAAGAUUAAAAACUGAGGAUGAACAGGGUAAUUGCAGUGGCUUGAAAGAGAUUAGCCAUGCCUCAAGUGUAAGCCCACAGCCAUCAACCUCACAAUCUAAGAUCCCUGACUCUGCCAGGCUUAGCAAAUCCUCAAAAAAGAAAUUGGAUAAUGAUGACGAUGAGCCCCUUGAUGUCCGAAUGCAUCGCCUAAAAAGAUCUAAAAAGUCUAGUGAAGAGGAUUCAGAUAAUACCAGACAGAUUUCAAUACAGUUGUCUAGCACUGCAAAACCGAUUCAUGCGAGUAGCAUAAACAUUUCAGAUCACAGUGUUUCUUUAAGUGACAAGUUAUUAGAAAACCGGGUAAAGCGCGACACCCUUGAGGAUCUUGACUCUAAGAGCCCAGGACGUGAUUUUGACGAUUUAAGUGAAUCACAAGUGUUUGAGUUUGAAACACAAGCGCACAUGGUGUCUUCCUGGAAUGAGCCACACAUUGACAUCACAGAUGUGUCCAAAAAGCACAAACUUCAGUAUGACUCCAAAGCAUGUAGCAGUCAUGAUGCUGUGGAGCCCAUGGAUACUCAGCCCAUCUCAGAUGAAGACAUUGAGAAAGCCUGUCUCCAAGUGGAGGUACAAAUCUGUAAAGAGCAACAGCCACAGGAACCGAUUUCAUCAGGCAUCCCACCCAAACCUAGUUCCAAUGAAAAAAGUGAUUUCAUUCAACAUUCCAAAGGUCAGACUGAAAAAAGAGUCCCGACCGAUAAAGGCAAACGAGGGCUGUGCAAAAAGCCUCCUGUUAUUGCAGCCCUGAGUCAAAAAAUUAAGAAGCGUCCACAUGACCCCAUAUCUAAGGAUCUUGUUAAACCAAGUUCUUCCACAAUGCUGACUUCAUCCUCUGUUGUACCACCCUUUACUAUUGCCCCUUCCAGAGGUACCUCUGCAUCCUCUGUUACACCUUUACGAUCCACCCCUGCAGUAGUUCCAACAAAAAAGGUUCGCAAACGUGUUGAACCAGAACUUCCAGCAGAGCUCCUGGGGUUAAAAAAGAAGGAAAGAAAAGCUUUUGAGUUUUCACAGCGUUCCUUGGUCACGUUGGGUGAACUUCGUUCGCAUGGCCAGAAUGUGCAUGUUGACGCACAACCGAAGUCAAAAAGAAUUCGUCAACCGAAGGUUGUUGCGAAGAAAGGAAAGAAGUUAAUUGCAUCACAAGAUUUGCAGUACUUUAGACAGAGCCGUAGUAUGCUCGAGAAGUCAACAUCAGCCACUCCUGUUGCUGCCAAAUCAUACCAGCGUCCUGUACCAGAGACCCUGCCCAAAUUAAAACCUGCAAUUGAAACUAUGGAGGAACCAAGAGAUGAGGAGGACGAUUACUCUUUCCUUCCCUGCUCUCAGCCUGAUCCUGAGAGAAGGAUGGACAAUAAAUUGGGUACCACUGAAGUCAAUACUAGUAAUACAAAUGACUCCAAAAAUACAGUUAGUGAUUGGGAUGAGACCAAUAAAAGUAAAGAGUUCAGUUCCCUUCAAAACAAUAAGUGUGUUUCCAUCACAGAAGGUAAAGAAUCCAGGCAUGAAAAUGGUCAUGGUGGUGACAGUUAUGAUGAUGAAUGGAUGUCCUUUACACAAAAUGAACCAACGGACAUGGAGUUAUGCUCUCAAAUGGAACAAAUGGAGGAACAGUAUGAUGAGAAACAUUCAAAUAUUUCUGAAGCAGAAACAAGUGUGUCACUUAAGCCAGUAUCUUGCAACAUUAUUCAGAAGUCACUUCCUGAUGCUUCAACUGCAUCCACUUCAAAUGACCCUUUGUUGAUAAAACCUAGCACGCUCACUGAGAAAAAAGCAAAGCCUCCAACAAAGAUUUAUACGUCAUGUUCCCGCAGUGCCUCUUUGGCUAAAGAAAUGGGAAAAGUAGCCAACCCUCUACCUGCUGGUAAUGUUACUAAGGCAAAGGUUGUACGGCCACCCUCAGCAAUGCCGCCACCCUCAGCAAUGCCGCCACCCUCAGCAAUGCCGCCACCGCCACCCUCAGCAAUGCUGCCACCGCCACCCUCAGCAAUGCCGCCACACUCAGCCGUGCCACCACCAAUUCCAAAAUCCACACCACAGCAUGAAUUUAGCCAACCAAUUCCACCCAGACCCAUCCUGCACACUCCAAAUCAGGUUUCAAAGCCGUCUUUUAAUGUAACAUUUGCUCCCCACGUACCUUCCUAUAAGACUUACUCCAGACCAGAAAUGCCUGUAUCAGUACGAACACCAACAGUUGAUCAAAGUAGAAAAUUUGAUAAUUCUCCAAUGUUUGACCAGUCGUACCUAAAACAGGCUAUUUUGAAGUGGGAGUACAUCAUGUUCGAGAACUAUAAAGCCUUUGGGACGCCUCAAGACUUGUGUCCAUUAGCCCUAAAGGAAGUACCAACAACGUUCUCUAGCUAUACGGAGUACUUUAAUGCCUUGUACCCACUUCUGCUCAUUAAUACGUUUGAAGAGAUGGUCAGCGAAUGGCUUAAUGGUCGGAAAUUUGAAAUUUUCCUGAAGGUCCAGGGAAUUGAAUACAGAAAUCGCAUUGCCGCUGCCACUUUUACAGCAAGCCUUAAUGCUGAGCAGGAAGCGAAGCAGUUGUAUCUUAAAGAUGACGACCUUGUGCUCCUUUGGCUGCCAGAGAACACUGGAGCAUAUGCUAACGAUGAGCCAGAUUCUCCUGAGAUUAAUGCCCACUUUGGAUGUGUGGUGCGAUCCAACGUGUUAAGUAAUGGAGGAGGUCAUCUCUCUACCUUAAACCUUACCAUUCAGACGCGUGGAAAUGUGGCCUCUGUUAACACCCAAGACGUUCGCUGUGAACGGAUUGGUUCCCUGGUCAGUACUUUGCGUGAAUUCAGAGCGCUGUGUUUGCUUCAAAAAAGCAAAAUGUUACAUCCGAUUCUCAAGCCAGACAUAAAGUUUUACAUGCCCUGCCCGGAUGGGCCGCCGAUCCUAGAUAUGCCUGAAUAUAAUGCUGAGCAGGCCAAAGCAAUCAGCUGUGGUGUUGCAAUGGUGAAAAGGAAGCAGAAUACUCCAAAGAUUUUGUUAAUACAUGGACCACCUGGAACUGGCAAGAGCAAAAUCAUAGUUGGCAUGCUGCACAGACUUCUCUCUGAUGCUGAGAGUCCUUCAGUGACUAGGUACGCUAAGUCUCGAAGACCCAGAAUUCUGCUCUGUGCCCCAUCUAAUGCCGCCAUUGACAACCUGAUGAAGAAAAUCAUUAUUGCAUUUAAAGAAAAGUGCUUGGACAUCCGUGCUCCACAAGGGAACUGUGGUGACAUCAACUUGGUGCGACUAGGGAGCGAGAGGACCAUUUCUAAAGACCUCAAACUCUUCAGCCUUGACUGCCAGGUCAAGAAAGGUUUGGAGAAAGCGCAACAAAUACGUGAUUUUGAUAUCCAGAGGAGGAAGGAAGAACUGGACAAGAAGAUUGAAACACUGUCUCAGCAGUGUGCCAAGACCGACAAAAAAUCAGCUGCGUUUGAACAGCUGAAUGAAAGAAAGCUAGUUUACUUGCGCGAAAGGGAGAACCUCAGUCAAAAGUUAAAGGAGCUUCGUAAUAAAAAACAAGCCGUGCAGUCGCGUAUUUUAGUUGACGCUCAUGUGAUCUGCUGCACGCUGAGCACAAGUGGUGUUGUCCUCCUCGAAUCCGCUUUCCGACGUCUUGGACACGAGCCAUUCUGCGGUGUUAUUGUUGAUGAGGCAGGGCAGGCUAAAGAAACAGAAACAUUGAUUCCUUUGCUUUAUCGAUGCCAAAACCUUAUCCUAGUGGGUGACCCCAUGCAGCUCCCACCAACUGUUGUUUCCCAGAGGGCCAAAGAGCUGGGCUAUGACCAGUCACUGAUGGCUCGGGUUUGGAAAAGCCUGUAUUAUCAGAACACUCAACUGUCCCCCAGCGUCUUCCUCCGUGUUCAGUACCGCAUGCACCCCGACAUUUGCGAGUUUCCUUCCAAGUACAUCUACGACUACAAUUUAAAAAGUGACCCUGAAACCGCUCAGAAGCUGUGCUCAUCCUCCUGGCCGUUUGAAGCCUACAGAGUGUUUGAUGUGACUGAUGGAAGAGAGAGCAAGGAGAGAGAUUCCUUUAGUAAUUGCAAAGAGGUCAAGCUGGUUGUGCUGCUUUCUAAGCUGCUUGGGGAAAAUCACGCCAAGCGCAAGGAAAAACAGCCGCUGCGUGUUGGCAUCAUCACACCAUAUAACGCCCAGAAACAACGCAUCCAGCAGGCAAUUGAGAAGGAUCCAGACAAAGAAUUUAAAAAAUACAUACAAGUGGAAGUGGACACUGUGGAUGGGUUCCAGGGCCGGGAAACAGACUGCAUCAUUGUGUCUUGUGUACGAGCCAGCAAUGAAAACGGUUCUAUUGGGUUUGUCGCAAAUCGCCAGAGGAUGAAUGUGACCAUAACUAGAGCCAAAUCCAGUUUGUUUAUUCUGGGACAUCUACGUACACUCCAGGAGCACAGUGACUGGGGUGCACUGGUACAGGAUGCAGUGAAACGUGGCGCCACGAUCACAGUGACCGAGUCCACCUUUCACAAGUUUGUGCAGAAGGUGCUGAAACCGAUUCACCCCCCUCGUAGAUACUCUCACCCCCCCAACCACAUGUCCAAUCCUGCAUGUUCUGAUGGACAAAGAGACCACAGAACACAUGCUAGACCUUCAGACCCACGUCUACAAUUGCCUUUUCCUGCCAGCAGUGAGCAUGAUGGUGGGAACCGAAGCUUCUCACGACCAAGGCCACACAGUCGCCGGGCUUCAGAUGCAUGUCUAGACCAAAGCUCCGGACGCUCCUUUCCUUUGACUUUAGAACGACAUCAAGAACCUCACUUUUCUUCUUCUUCUAGGGCAUCUAGGAAAUAAUAUUUGCAUUUAAUUUUAUCUCUGACUGUCAUUUCAUGGUAGUUUUCACUAAACAGUAAACUUUUUUGUGUAAAAUAAUGGUAACUUGUGACUUUGCUUAAACCACAUUAGCACUGUACCCAAGAUAAUGCUAGUCAGCUUUUUUUUAACUAUUUGUUCUCAUAUUUGUAAGUUAUAAGUAAUAGACUUUUAUAUGUUACGUUUUGCGUCUUUUUCAAUACAAAAUUUCAUAUCUAUGCAAAAAUCUAAAAUGGAUAUUGACGGUCUAAAAAAAAAACUCUCAUGCUCUUCUAACAAAGCUUUUUUUCUACUUUUGUGGCUAAAUGCAUUUUUAUGUGGCUGGAAUUUCAUUUAAAAAAAAAAAAAAAAAAACUCAAAACAUUUUAGUGGCAAUCAUUUACAGUUACAAACUGGACAAUCUGGAGCAGUCUACUGCUUCUUUUAUUUCAGUUUUAAUAUUUUCAGAGCCGUGCAAUGGCAGUUGAGAGAAAGCUAUGCUCUAGUUGAAGAUUUGGGAGAGCUUUUUAUUUUCUGUUCUUAAAUGUUAAAAUUUGAGAACAAAUUUCUCAACUGUGUCUAAAAAUGGCUCUGAAAUUGUAAAUCAGGAAUAUAUUUUCAAAUUCUGAGUUUUUUUUUUUUUUGUACAUAUUUUAAGAUCUAUAUAUUUGUAAUACAAUUUUUGUAUGGAACCUUGUUUUGGUUUUUCUUCUUUUCCAUUGGAGUAAAUAUCUGGUAUGUUUGCUUCAUCCUAAGCUGCAUCCUGUCCAAACGAAUAGCGUGGCAGUGAAACCAUGGUGCAGCAUCGCUCUAUUUGUGUAAUUAAACGUUAAAUAAACCAGCCUUAAACAAAGUAACCAAAGAAGUGGAGGUAUACGUAUGUGUAAUGCUGUAAUACACCACCAGAGUGUGCUCGUACUCCACAUUAUUUAUCAUCAAUAUUAAUAAAUGUAUAUAUUUUUUUUAA